AUGGCUCCUAAACAGGACACCCCCUUCCGCUCUGCGGACAUGAGCAUGGUGCAGCUCUAUGUCUCCAACGAAAUUGGUCGCGAGGUCGUCACUGCGCUGGGAGAGCUUGGCCUCUGCCAGUUCCGAGAUCUCAACGAAGAUGUUAGCGCCUUUCAACGCACAUACACCCAGGAGAUUCGACGCCUCGAUAACGUGGAGCGACAGCUGCGUUACUUCAACUCGCAGAUGGAAAAGACUGGAAUUGCCCUGCGCAAGCUCGACCUCGACACCGAGAGCCUCGCCUCGCCCUCCACGACCGAGAUUGACGAGCUCGCCGAGCGCAGCGAGAAGCUCGAGCAGCGCGUGUCGGCCCUCAACGACAGCUACGAGACGCUCAAGAAGCGCGAGGGCGACCUGACCGAGUGGCGCUGGGUCCUGCGCGAGGCCGGCAGCUUCUUCGACCGCGCGCACGGCAACGUCGAGGAGAUCCGCGCCUCGAUGGACAACGACGACGCCCCGCUGCUCGCCGACGUGGAGCAGCACCGCGCCGCUCCCGAGGUCGAGCGCUCCUUUGGCGGCAUGAACAUUGGCUUCGUCGCCGGCGUCAUCGCCCGCGACCGCGUCGGCGCCUUUGAGCGCAUCCUCUGGCGCACCCUCCGCGGCAACCUGUACAUGAACCAGUCCGAGAUCCCGGAGCCGCUCGUCAACCCGGCCAACAACGAGGCCGUCGACAAGAACGUGUUUGUCAUCUUUGCGCACGGAAAGGAGAUUCUUGCCAAGAUCCGCAAGAUCUCCGAGUCUAUGGGAGCAGAGGUGUACAGCGUCGACGAGAACAGCGAUCUGCGCCGCGACCAGAUCCACGAGGUUAACAGCAGGCUCCAGGACGUGCAGAAUGUGCUCCAGAACACGCAGGCUACUCUCCAGGCCGAGCUCAACCAAAUCUCCCAGUCGCUGUCGGCUUGGAUGGUGCUUAUUGCCAAGGAAAAGGCCGUCUAUGGCACACUCAACCUCUUCUCUUACGACAGAGCCCGUCGUACUCUGAUUGCCGAGGGGUGGUGCCCGACCAACGACCUGCCUCUCAUCAGAUCGACUCUGCAAGACGUCACCAACCGUGCCGGUCUUUCGGUCCCCUCCAUCAUCAACGAGAUUCGCACGAACAAGAAGCCACCCACGUACCUCAAAACCAACAAGUUCACCGAUGGCUUCCAGACCAUUGUCAAUGCCUAUGGUACCGCCACUUACCAGGAAGUCAACCCUGCUAUGCCGGUUAUUGUCACAUUCCCCUUCCUCUUUGCCGUCAUGUUUGGUGAUUUUGGCCAUGCCGUCAUCAUGCUGUCCGCUGCGCUGGCCAUGAUUUACUGGGAGCGCUCGCUCAAGAAGGUCACCUUUGAGCUGUUCGCCAUGGUCUUCUACGGACGCUACAUCGCCUUGGUCAUGGCUGUGUUCUCUCUGUUCACCGGUCUUAUUUACAAUGAUGCCUUCUCCAAGUCCAUGACGCUGUUCCCCAGCGCUUGGGAGUUUAAGGUGCCUGAGACUGGUUUCAAAGAAGGCGAGACCAUUGAAGGCACGCUCAGCGAGCACGGAUACCGUUAUCCGUUUGGCCUUGACUCUGCCUGGCACGGUACCGAUAACGAUCUCCUCUUCAGCAACAGUUACAAGAUGAAGAUGAGUAUCCUGCUGGGUUGGGCCCACAUGACAUACUCCCUCAUCUUCUCCUAUAUCAAUGCCAGGCACUUCCGCAAACCCAUCGAUAUCUGGGGCAACUUUAUUCCUGGCAUGAUCUUCUUCCAGUCCAUCUUCGGCUACCUUGUCGUCUGCAUCAUUUACAAGUGGACCGUGGACUGGAACGCCAUCGGGAAGCCUGCUCCUGGUCUGCUCAACAUGCUGAUUUAUAUGUUCCUGCAACCGGGUACCCUUCCCAACGGAGAGCGUCUGUAUGCCGGACAAGAAUACGUGCAGGUUGGCCUACUCCUUCUGGCAUUUGCCCAGGUGCCCGUGCUGCUCUUCCUCAAGCCGUUCUACCUCCGCUGGGAGAACAACCGGGCUCGCGCCAAGGGCUACCGUGGCAUUGGCGAGACAUCCCGCGUCAGCGCCCUGGAUGACGACGAGGAGGGUCAAGGUUUGAUUCAUGGAGGCGGUCACGGCAAUAGCAUUGACGAUGGCGACGGCGUGGCAAUGAUUUCGCAAAACGUCGACGAUGAGCACGAGGAGUUCGAAUUUGGCGAGGUCAUGAUUCACCAAGUCAUUCACACUAUUGAAUUCUGCCUGAACUGCGUCUCCCACACUGCUUCCUAUCUGCGUCUAUGGGCCCUCUCCCUGGCCCAUCAGCAGCUCAGCGUCGUCCUGUGGACGAUGACGAUUGGUCUCUGCCUUCCCAUGACCGGCGUUGUGGGCGUCAUUGCCAUUGUUGUCGGCUUCUACAUGUGGUUCUUCCUAAGCACCAGCGCUAUGCUACACUCGCUGCGUCUGGCCUGGGUUGAGUCCUUUUCCAAAUUUGCCGAGUUUGCGGGGUGGCCUUUUGUGCCGUUUUCGUUUGCAACGCUCCUGGAAGAGUCGGAAGAGCUCAAGGAGUAUCUGGGUUAG